AACAAACCACACGUCACGCUGACGUUGUGCGUACUCUACUUGUGAUUCCUCGUGAAGAAACCACCGAGAGUCAAUCUGGACAUUCAUGGUAUUCGCCACCUCAUGCGCGACACCGAAUCCCCUCCAUCCCGGCGCAGACCGACCUUCGUCAACACAUUGAAAGAAACCGAGCUCGCCAAGAAUCCUCUGAACUUGAAACGUUGCGACGACGGAUCGCUGAAUUGGAGAGUCGACAAAGGAUGCCCGAAGAUCCUCCUCGACGGGCCUCGACCUCGGCGCAAGUAUACCUGGAAGCCGACUCCCCUCUCAUGCCUGAGCUCACGUCAGAACCUGUACCCGGAAAAGUCAAAGUUCCACAAAUCGGAUUGUACGAUGGGACGUCGGAUCCUGACUCACACCUCGGUCAUUACACAUCAUGGAUGGACCUCCAUGGGGCCUCAGACGCACUUCGGUGUCGUAUGUUUCCUCUUACUCUGGGACCUCGAGCUCAGAAAUGGUACCACUCUUUGCCCCCUCAUUCUAUUUGGAAGUGGCAACAGUUGAGGUCGACUUUCCGAUCUCACUUCAUCGGUGCCCAAGUUUGUUUGAUUCCAAAAGAAUCCCUUACAAAUGUGACUCAAAAAGACGAUGAAAGCGUCAAGGACUAUAUUGCUCGAUUUAAUGACCGAGUUCAAAGCAUGGAGCCAUGUCAUCCCGAAACCCUGCUUGUUAUGGCUAUCGUCGGGCUGAAACCUAACUCGAUUUUCCGCUGGACAUUGUGCCAGAAUAAACCGAACACCUUCCAGAAAUUCAUUGCCCGAGCUCAACAACAUAUCAUUGCCAAGGAAGCCAUGUCGGUCCCCAAUUUUAAUUUCAAUCCGAAGUCAUCGACGUCGGAAACCGACGAGAAAAAGAAAAACAAAUCCUUCGAUAAACAAAACAAGGCUCAAUUUAGAGGAUACCCCCGAGGAGACGCCAACGACCCUGAAAUUAGAGCAGCUCGGAAACAGUAUGCUACGGACGUAAAAUCCAGUUAUCAAACCGUGUAUUCAGCUGGGGCUGCCACCAUAUAUGAAGAGAUCAAAGGGAAAGACAUCCUGCCCGAUCCAAAACCACUUCGGAUGCCCGAGGAAAAAUUGGACAAAUCUCGAUAUUGCGACUAUCACAAAUCGCCGGGGCACAACACUGAUGAAUGUUUGAGUUUGGUAGCUGCCUUGUUGUGUUUAAUUGGUCAUCCACAACUCAGGAAGUUGUAUCGCAACACUGAUCCCCAGAAGCGGGGGUCGGGCCGUCAAAUUGAACCUUAUGAUGAGGAUGAAGAUGAGGACCGAGGUGCUAUGCCGAAACGCAUUCGGCAAGGGGAUAAAGAAGUGUUCAUGUUCACCUCGGAAACGCUCAAUACUGAAAUAACUGAAAACUCCCGAGGACUUAAACGAAACCGAUCUCCCAGCCCGAUGCAAAUCACUCUCCAUCGAGUAAAUACCAACAAUACCCAGAGUACAUUAUCCCGUCGACAAGUCAAAGCCUACGCCCGACAAGCUUAUAAUUCGGGCAAGCAUGUUUUCACCACUGAUCUGCGAGAUGUUCUCGAUGCCCGAAACUGCCCCAUUACUUUCAACAUGGAAGAUGCGAAUCAUUUUGCACAUCCUCAUUCCGACGCACUUGUGAUCACCGUUCCAAUAUGUGGGAUCCCAGUUCACCGUGUCAUGGUUGAUAUUGGGGCCUACUCAAGUAUUUUAAUGCUAAAAGCUUUUGACAAAAUGGGUCUUGACCCAGCGGAUAUUCGCCCUUGCAACGAUCAAAUACAGGGAUUUAACGGAAGCAUUUCGAAGCCCAUCG